AGAGAGGGAUGGGGUACUGUUGUUAACAUUGCUGGCUGGUUACCGGGGGAGGGGUGGUGGUUUCUGGUAUCCAAGAUAAGAAACUUAGUCCAGUUCUACAUCCUGCCUGGAUCCAAAUGCUAGUUUUAAUAUUUUCUACAUCUGUGGCCAUGGGCAGUAAACCCCUCCAGGGUUCACUUUCCUCAUCUUGAAAGUGGGGCUAAAUGUUGCACCUACCUCAUUAGGGCUGUUGUGACAGUUCUAUAAGAUGGAUGUUGUAAGAGCCUGGUAAAUGCAGGCUGUCACCAAAACUAGGUGAGACAUCCCAAGAAAGUAAGAAUGGCUUCAUAUUUGAAAAGCAACCAGAUAUAGGUCAUUGUGUUAAUGGAAAAAAUGGGACAAAUCAAGGGCUGUGCCCAUGUAGCUAUAUCACAUGAGACCGAGGUACUAAACCCAGGGUCCAGUCUUGCUUGGCCCCCAGUCUGGUGCUGAAUCACUCACUGAGUAAAUGGAAUUGAGAUCUUAAGAGCAGAGUGACUCCAGUUCUAGUCCUGUGAAGUGAUUUCUCCUCUGAAUCAAUCACUGCCUGGCCUCACUGGCCUUACCCACACAUUCAUUGUUCAGAGCUUUGUGUAUUUGGCUCCUUUUCAUUCAGGUUCCAGCUUGAAUUUUUGUUUGUUUAUUUUUAUUUUUUUUAAUUUUAUUGAAGUGUAGUUGAUUUACAGUGUUGUGACCAGCUUAAAUUUAUUUCUCAUCCCUCCUUCCUUCCCCCACUGCUCAGCAGUGCUAACCAAACUACUCUUUUAGUGAUAGUAAACACCAAUCUAAAAAUGAUCUUAUUUUAUCACUUAUCUUUCUAGCUAGAAAGACAGCUCCAUGAGAAUGGGGACCAUUUGUCUGAGUUACUACUGUUUAUCCAGUGCCUGGCACCUAGUAGGGGCUUGAUAAAUAUUUGUUGGAAAGCUGGCUUGUUAUUGAAGCUUGCUGGAGGCUGCUCAAGUGGUCUUCGAGGCUUUUCCCAAGUGUAGGAAUCUGGUUUCUGACUCAGGCUAUGGAGAGUUGUUGAGGCAGGUUAAUAACAAAAGCAGGGAAGGAAGAGGCAAACAGAAGAGAAUGCAAGCCUCAGGGAAUAAGUAACUUAUGGCCUCUUUCACAAAGAUCCUGCCAUAAACAGCCCAGACAUCUGAGUCAAGGAGAUAAGGGAAAACCUAACUUCUGCACUCUGGCCUCUGUACCUUGCCCCUGCCUAGAUAAACAUAGCUAUAGGCGCCCAAAAAAAGCACGGGAACUGGUUUAUAAAAGGGGAAACUUUUCUUUGUUUGGGGGCUCAGUCUUUGGAUGUGAGUCCACUGGGCCUGUACCGGUACAAUAAACAUUGCUUCCUGUAUUGCAAGCCUCGGUGUCCUGCCUACCUCUACUGAUUCCUUCAACAUUGUCACCAUUAAGACUUUGGGGAUCGUGAGAACUUUGGCUUCAGAGGCAAAUGUUUUCCCAUCAGGAAAUGGUCAAAUUUAAAUUAAGAUCUUAUGUCCCAACCCCCACUUGUCCAAUUUGGGAAGAAACCUCAGGGAUGAGAUAAGUGAAUAAGGACUCAAGGUCUACAUGCCAGUCACAUCUCAGCUCCAUGUGUCCUCCCAUUUCGCUCUCUGGCCUUGAUUUUCAGCACACCCUUGUCACCCCAAGCCACCUAGGCUUUCCCUCAGAUCAUGCUCCUUUUAGUUUCUGAGGAUGAGGCCCAACUUGAGGUUAGUAAUGAAAAGCGGACACAGCCAGUGUGGUCCAGUGCUCGCCUUUGCAGUUGUAAACUCUGGAGGCCAUAUAGGCAGGAGGCACAUGAAGAAAGGAGUCCAAAAAGGACAUGGCCCCUGCCUGUUUCUACCAUCACUUAAGUUACUAUUAUAACGUGGUGUUAUCUUCAAACAGCUCUGGUUUACCUGUCUUUUUUGUCCAAAUGUGUUUUUGUUUGUUCAUUCAGCUACCACUCUGACAGUAAAAUAGCCCCAGAUUCUGUUAGAGUGGGACUUGUGGUCCCCCAUGGACUUGAACUUUUUUAGAUGUCAUGAUUAUAACCAAGGUCAUUCACAACCUCCAGGAGCUGCUUCUGGUGACUUGAUAUCCCAGGCCUGAGACCCUUCUUCUCCCACCCACUGACCUGCCAUUCACGUACAUAAAUUCUACCCCUUUCUCUCCAGGCUCCCAACAAACUGAAAGUGCCUGCUGUCAUCAACUUGUUUAAAACCCAUUUUUAAUCCAGUAAGCGUGUGUAAAUGUUUAACAACAAAAAUUGAAAAAAUGCAGAACACAUAAAUGCGAGAGGUGGCUGUUGUCAUUCUAAUUCACAUUAUUCUGCUCCAGAUUUACCUCUGGCAGAUGGAUCUGUUAUUGGGAAAAGUUUGUUUUUUUUUGUUUUUGUUUUUUAAUAAAUAAUAUAUUUAUUUACUUAUUUAUUUUUGGCUGCAUUGGGUCUUCGUUGCUGUGCACGAGCUUUCUCUAGUUGUGGAGAGCAGGGGCUACUCUUCGUUGCAGUGCGCGGACUUCUCGUUGUGGUGGCUUCGUGUUUUGGAGCACGAGUUCUAGGUGCAUGGGCUUCAGUAGUUGCAGCACGUGGGCUUGGUAGUUGUGGUGCACGGGCUUAGUUGCUUCUCGGCAUGUGGGAUCUUCCCGGACCAGGGAUCGAACCCGUGUCCCCUGCAUUGGCAGGCGGAUUCUUAACCACUGUGCCACCAGGGAAGGUCCUGGGAAAAGUUUUAAACAACUAACAGUAGUCAACAUUUAGUGGAUAUCUUCUCUGUUCCAGAUGCUUACCUAAGCUUUACAAAUAUUAACUCACUUAGUCCUCACACUAACUCUAUGAGGCAGUUUUUUUUUUUCAGAUGAGGAGGCUGAGUCACAGAGGGGUUAAGUGACCUGCCCAAGACUACAUAGUUGUCAGAGCCUGUGGCAGUGGCCAGGUUAUACUGCCUUCUGAAAAGUACUGUACUACCUCCUGAAAUGACAGCAGAUGUUCUCGUAACAGGCUCCCGCGGGCGGACAGGCCGGAAGAGGAGGCCGGGGAAUGGCCGCUGUGUGGCAGCAAGUCUUAGCAGUAGACGCAAGUUUCGGACACAAUAUAUCCGACGGCGCAGCCAGCUACUGCGGGAGAAUGCCAAGGCUGGGCACCCUCCAGCAUUGCGUCGGCAGUACCUGAGGCUGCGCGGGCAGCUGCUGGGCCAGCGCUACGGGCCCCUCUCUGAGCCAGGCAGUGCUCGUGCCUAUAGUAACAGCAUCGUCCGCAGCAGCCGCACUACCCUUGACCGCAUGGAGGACUUCGAGGAUGACCCUCGGGCCCUGGGGGCCCGUGGGCACCGCCGCUCCGUCAGCCGAGGCUCCUACCAGCUGCAGGCACAGAUGAACCGUGCAGUCUAUGAGGACAGGCCCCCCGGCAGCGUGGUGCCCACUUCAGCGGCAGAAGCAAGUCGAGCUAUGGCUGGGGACACAUCGCUGAGCGAGAACUACGCCUUCGCGGGCAUGUACCACGUUUUUGACCAACAUGUGGACGAGGCAGUCCCCAGGGUGCGCUUUGCCAAUGAUGACCGGCACCGCCUGGCCUGCUGCUCGCUUGAUGGUAGCAUCUCGCUGUGCCAGCUGGUGCCCGCCCCGCCCACUGUGCUCCGAGUGCUGCGGGGCCACACCCGUGGGGUCUCCGACUUCGCCUGGUCCCUCUCCAAUGACAUCCUUGUGUCCACCUCGCUUGAUGCCACCAUGCGCAUCUGGGCCUCUGAGGAUGGUCGCUGCAUCCGGGAGAUACCUGACCCCGACAGCGCCGAACUACUCUGCUGCACCUUCCAGCCGGUCAACAACAACCUCACUGUGGUGGGGAAUGCCAAGCACAACGUGCAUGUCAUGAACAUCUCCACGGGUAAGAAAGUGAAGGGUGGCUCCAGCAAGCUGACAGGCCGCGUCCUCGCUCUGUCCUUUGAUGCCCCUGGCCGGCUGCUCUGGGCCGGUGAUGACCGCGGCAGUGUUUUCUCCUUCCUCUUCGACAUGGCCACAGGGAAGCUGACCAAAGCCAAGCGUCUGGUGGUACACGAGGGCAGCCCCGUGACCAGCAUCUCUGCCCGCUCCUGGGUCAGCCGCGAGGCCCGGGACCCCUCGCUACUCAUCAACGCUUGCCUCAACAAGCUGCUGCUCUACAGGGUGGUGGACAACGAGGGGACUCUGCAGCUGAAGAGAAGCUUCCCCAUUGAGCAGAGCUCACACCCUGUACGCAGCAUCUUCUGCCCCCUCAUGUCCUUUCGCCAGGGGGCCUGUGUGGUGACGGGCAGCGAGGACAUGUGCGUGCAUUUCUUUGACGUGGAGCGGGCAGCCAAGGCCGCUGUCAACAAGCUGCAGGGCCACAGUGCACCCGUGCUAGAUGUCAGCUUCAACUGCGAUGAGAGCCUGCUGGCUUCCAGCGACGCUAGUGGCAUGGUCAUCGUUUGGAGGCGGGAGCAGAAGUAGGAGACUUCUAGCCUUGUCACUAUCCACUUUCCCACCCACCUCCUGCCCCAGCCUUGUGUUUGUAAAUAAAGUUCCUGUGGUUGUGCCGA